AUGAUGCAUUGGCGCACGAUCACCAACAUCAUCAUCUUCUUUCUUGUUCUGUUGUGGGUUUGGGCGAACGACGACCCCAUCGUCGAAUUGCUCGAGAUGGGCAUGCCGGUGGAGGCUCGUGUGAGCGACUUCCUGUGGGAGUGGGUGGACUUCCACCCUGAAGACUUCGCUGCCAUGAUGCGGUACACCCACUUCGCCGCUUCUGUUCUGUUUCUUUGGUUCUCGCUGUCCACCUUUGCGAAGGCCUAUGCCAACUCCGAUCGCAUGCAGGCUCGCGUUGUUGACACCUGUGCCUCGUGCUAUCAGGCACUUGUUAUCACCAUGCCGCAUGUCACACGCAACGCCUUCCGAGAAGGAUCUCGCUUACUGUCCGACUGGUUGUCAUCGACUCUCCGCAAUCUUAUGCCGACGUCUCUUCUCAUGCCCGAAAACGGCUUUGUCCCUGGUGCAUUCCCGACAAGUAUCCAUGAGUUAUGGCUGUCGGGAGACGAGGACAUCGCCGUCGAUGGCAUGGGUGAGACCGAGGAUGUUGUGGUCGAGGUCCUGACCGUCGAUAUUGGAGUCCAAACCGAGGAUGUGAUCGAGGAACCAGCCAUCGACAAUCGACAGGCUUUGGCCGACGAGAACGCGUCGUUGCAGAAUCAGAAUGCCGACCUCGAAGCCUCCCUUGACGACCUGCGUGCCGCCCUUGCCACAGAGAGGCUCUCAAGGACGGAGGCCCGAGUCUCGACCUAUCGUCGAAGAGCUUUGGAGGCAGAGCGCGACAGUCUCCGAUGCGAGCUUCAGGCUCUGAAGGGCGCGAAGGGCACCAUUGAGACCAACUCCGCUGGGCUGCGAGACGAGUGCGAUGCACUCCGAGGCCAAAAUGAAGACUUGAAAGCGGAGUUGGAGGAUUUGAAGGCCGCCGCCGCCCGGGAUUCGGCAGAGAGGCAACUUGCCAUAGACACCCAGCAAGAGCUGGAGGCAACUCGGCAACAGCUCAGACAGGAGCAGCAGGAUCGCCAGGCAGAGAAGGACGCAUUCGAUGCGACCAAGGUCACACUCCAGCAAUGUGACGCACGACGCCAAUGGCUAGAGGGGGCAAUGUCAAGGGCUGGAUUCCGAAGUCCAGCGCCUCAAUGGAGAGAACGCGCAGCUCAGAGCUGCAAACACAGACAUCAACCACACAGCAUGCAACCGAGCUCCACAAGAAGCAUUGGAAAGAUGCGAGGCGCUCGAUGCAGAGCGUAG